UGACCGAGGUAGACUUUUUCCAUACUUGUUUUCACCUUUUUUUCCACCAUUUUUCUAUUCCCUCUAAUCCUUUUCAUUCCCUUCUUCUCCUUCCCCUCCAACCCAUACCCUUUUCAUUCUCUCCUCAGGCCUGGUCUGUCCUCUUUGCCCCCACUUUCCCCCUCCCUCUUCUCCCUUCUCUCAUGGAAGUCAUGAGAAGCUCAUAGCACUCUUCUCUCUUGGGAAAACAAAACAAGUACAACAAUCCUUCAAAGCAAAGGAUUAUAAGGAGAGAUCACUACUUCCUUCUUAUACUUUAUAUACAUGAAGUUGUUCUCCUCCUCCUCCUCAUCCUCCUCAUCAUCAUCAUCUUCUUCUUAUUCUAAUCAUCAUCAUCUUCAACAACAACAACAAGAAGAAGAAGGAGUAUGGAAAACCAAGAUGCUGAUCAUCACUUUCAUCCCUUUCAACAAGAUCAAUCUCAACAACAACAACAGCAACAACAACAGCAAAUUGAUGAAGGCUUUGCUCAUAUUGUUUCUACUCCCUCUUUUAUUCCUCCUCUCCCUCCACCUCCUCCUUUCAUUCUCAACCCUAUCAAUCCACUUGAUCAUCAUCAUCAUCAUCAUCAUCAUCAUCACUUCUUAUCUUCUGUUCUCCCUCCUCUCCCACCACCACCUCCUCCACCUCCACAACCUUAUCAUCCUCAUCACCACCAUGAUCUUUAUACUCGGAGAGCUUCUGCUGCUCUUCACUUCGCUUAUGACGUUGGAGGUCUUGGUUCAUCCUCAUCUGAUCCUUUAGGCUUCUCUACUGGCUUCAUGAGAGCUAGUGCUGCUGCAGGUGUCCCAGUCUCUCCUAGUUCUUCUUCUCCUUUUACCAACCUUCAUGUAGAAUUCAGCAAGAUGAGUGCUCAAGAGAUCAUGGACGCCAAAGCUCUCGCUGCUUCCAAAAGCCACAGUGAAGCCGAACGCCGUCGCCGUGAACGUAUCAACGCUCAUCUUGCUAAACUCCGCAGCCUUCUCCCAAGUACUACCAAAACGGACAAGGCUUCUCUAUUGGCUGAAGUAAUCCAGCAUGUUAAAGAGCUGAAGAGGCAGACGUCGGAGAUUGCCGAAGAAAGCCCGUUACCGACUGAGUCCGAUGAACUCACCGUCGAUGCAGCUAACGAUGAAGAUGGCAAAUUCAUCGUUAAAGCAUCGCUUUGUUGCGAUGAUCGAACCGAUCUUUUACCUGAUCUGAUCAAAGCUUUGAAGGCAUUGCGUCUAAGAACACUUAAAGCUGAGAUUACUACUCUUGGUGGGAGAGUUAAGAAUGUCCUCUUGAUCACUGGUGAAGAUGAUAGCUGCAAUCAGAUUAAUCAGUUAUCGAUAACUUCGAUACAAGAUGCAUUGAAGGCAGUAAUGGAGAGAGCUGCAGCCGAAGAAACUUCGUCGGCCGGGAUUGGUGCAGGAGGUAUUAAACGGCAAAGGACCAACAGCUUAUCCAGUAUACUUGAACACAGGUCUAUUUAAGCAAAACAAACACAAACAUUUCAUAUAUAUAUAUAUAUAUAUUAAAGGACUGAAGUUUUUAAGUUACAACGUAUGUCUUUGCUUUCAAACUGUUUUUUAGUGUUUGUGAGUGUGGAUUUGGUACUUGGGUAUCUCAAAGUUUUUUUUGUUUUUGUUUUUUGUUUUGUUUUGUUUUGUUUUUUUGUUUUUUGCCAAGAAUGGGAGGGUCGGAUCUUUUUCGUGAGAAGAGUUGGAUGUGCAAUUAAUCGAUGGUGUUCUUAAGAGGAAAAAUGUGGAGUUAUUGGGAUUGGAUGGAUGUAUUGAAGAUUGCCUCAUUUUGUUGUUUGUAUCUUGUUCUCUUCUUUGUUAAUGAGUUCAGUGUACUUUGUGUAGCACUGGAAGAUGUGCAG